CAAUGACAUACAACGCUUCUAGCCGCCUCCAUCGAGGAGUGAGAAUCAGAACUUGUUCAAGAUGAAUUCAGCAGUAUUUUUGCAGAUCUUCGCCUGCCUGCUGUUAUCAGGCACGAAUGAUGCAUCGACUCUCGGCGACGAAAAAGUUCUUCACGGAGGACACGGAGUUAAAGAGGGCGGAAUUGGCGCCAAAGAUCAAGCAGGCACGGGUUACGGAGGCCACAAGGGCGGAGUCAAAUCGACCGGGUACAGCAGGGGCUUCAGUUAUGGGACCGGACAUGAUACUGGGAAAAGUGUGAGCGUCGGCGAUGAAGAGUUUGGUGGCAAAGGCUUUGGCGAUAAAGAAUUCAGAGGAUAUGGACUCGGAGGGCUAGGAUACGGUGGAUUAGGAUUUGGCACUUUCCGCGCGCCUUUCCUUUUCUUCAGGUGAAGAUAAAAAUGCUGAAAGCAAGUCCUUUUUAUGAAGCAGAAAUGCUUCGUUAUGCAUUUGUUCGCAUCUCAUUUCUUAAAGGCCGAACUGUGCGAAUGAAAUAAAACUUUUGCUUGUUGA